CGCGUUGCCCCUAGUUUCAACAGACUGCGCAUGCGCUGCAGACCUUUACAAUGAUGGCGGCGUCUCUGCAAAAACAUAAGCUGACUUUUGGUGCUUGAAAAACGUGUAUUUUAUCAAAAGCAGUGAGACCAUGCCCACUGACAAGAAAAUCACUAAUGAAGAUACGUGGAGACCUGCUGACUUGAGAAGACACAUCAGGGAAGAUGACCAUGUGGAUGACCGUGCCAGGAGGAGAGAUGACACUGAGAGAAAGCACCGGGGUGGGGGAUCGAUAGAAAGACGUCACAGAGAACCAGAGGAGUCCAGACGAGACCGAGACAAGCUUCGGGAGAGGGAAAGCACAAGAGUAAAAGAAGAUGAAGACGGCAAAGAAAGAUAUUCAGAGCGAAGGAAAGAGGGCUCGCAAAGCAGGAAGAGAGAUAAGAACAAGGACCGAAGAGACGAGAUGGACACUGAAAAGACAAGAUUAACAGAUGAUGACAGAGAAAAGAAGGAAAGGAGACGAGAGAGACACGAAAAACGUGAAAGAGAGAGAGAAAAGGACAGGCACAAAGAUAAGGAGAAAGAAAUGGAAAGAGACAAAAAGAGACACACUGCAGAGGACAGGGACAAAAGGAGGGAGGAUAAAGACAAGGAAAGAAGGAGAGAGGAAUGGGACCGCGAGCACAGAAGCGAUAGAAAACGACUGGAAGAAAGUGGGGAAGGAAUAAGAGAUCCCACAAGAAGGCAGCACAGAGAGCACAGUGAACAGCGACACAGAAAUGAUGAAGACCAGAAGAAAGACAGAGACCUUCAGGAGAGACAGGAAGACGGAAAGCAUUCACAGCGGAAAGAGGACAAAGAGUACAAAGAAGAACGCAGAAGACGUAAAGAGGAGAGAGAGAGGAGGCACAAAGAGAGAGGACAUCCCGAUGAAAUACGGAAGCAUGAAAACGAAUCAAGGGAGCAUCUAGACUUUAGACAAACUGGUGAAGAGUUAAGGCGUUACCAUAGUGACAGGGACCGAGGAGAAAGAGACAAACACAGAGAGAGACGGAAAAAAGUGGAAGAUGAUGCAGAGACAAGAUACAAAGAGAGAAAGCAGAAACAAGAAGAAGCAGAAGAUGUAGAAAGAAAUCUGAGAGACACAACCAGCUCCAAGAAAUCAUCUUCUGACAAAAGACACAAACAUGAAAAGAAAGACAUAGUGGGAGAGGGAUUUAAGGAUGAAGAUUUGGCAGAAGAAGAAUAUGAAGAUGAUUUUGAGGAUUAUGAAGAGGAUUUUGAGGAGAUGGAUGAGAGCACAGAUGAGGCUGAGAAGGAGUUGCUGGAUUCUAACGUGGAUGAUGGAGAAGAGAAGCUCACAACCCAGCAGAAAAAGGAGAUUGAGGCAAUUAAGAGAGCCAUGGCUGAAGAAAAUGAGAUAGCCGGAACGACUCAGUCCAGACAAAGUACAAACAGAGAGGAGGAAGACACACAGAAAACGCCCAAAGGCUCUGAAAAGAACGAGAGGACAUCUUCCCAACGUGGCAAAUUUAUCGACUUUGUGACUGCAAAGCAGCGGGAAGUCAGCAAGAAAGUUUCUUCAAAACAGAAGAAGCGAAGCACAGAGCUGCUUCGUCUAAUUGAUCUGGACUUCUCCACGACGGCCUGCCUGUUGGAUCUUCCACCUAUCAGUGAAUAUGAACUGUACAUCAGAAGCUUUGGAAAUGCAAAUACCAAACAGGCAUACGUUCAGUGCAAUGAGGAUAAUGUGGAGCGAGACGUCCAGACAGAGGAAAUAGAGAUUUCUGAGAAGUGGACCCAGCAUCCCCCAGAGCGCAGUGGAGCCUGUGGGGAUCCAAACGUCUCUCAAGAUAAAAGCAGAAGUGACUUGAACAUUGAUUCAAAACGCCUGAUAUCAUUUCUGCACUCAGCUUCACAGGUCAUGGUUGUGCUGCUGGAGGAGGACCAAGCAGAGAGAAACUCCCAAAGAAAGCUGAAGACUCAAACAGACUCGCUGUCUUUCAGCGGUGGAAGUUUGCAGCUGAACACUAACUUGCCUUUUCUUUAUGGUCGCCGUGUCAGCCUGGUGCAUUUCUCGGAGGUUCAGAGACACACUAUGAUGACCGUCCACAUGCCCACAGUCCAGCCAAGCGCCGUGCGUCUCGACAGCUGUACCAUAAUCUGUAUCUGGAACAUCUGGGAGCGGUCAAGACCUCAGAAGAUUCUCAUCUACGAAUCUGCGGUGCAGUGCUGCUGUUUCAGCCCUGGAAAGGCCACGCUGGUGUUUGCAGGGACCUCAGUUGGCUCUGUUGUGCUCUGGGACCUGAGGGAGUAUGCAAGUGACCAUUAUCGCUUAAAAAUAGGCGAGGAUGAGUGGACCUUCAGACAUCCUACCUUCUCUACAGAUGCAGUGAUGGCUGCCACAGGCCAUUACUCGCCCGUGACGGCUGUCGAAGUUGUUCCCUCCAUCGUAACCGGAGGGCUGAAUGUAGAGGUCCAGUUUUUGGCAUCUGAGGAAGAAUCAUCAGGAUUGUCAUUCCAGCUGGCUUCUCUGGAUGAAAGCGGGCUGAUAAAUUUCUGGGUGGUGGUGGAACUCCCCAAAGGCAACGAGGCAGGUUCACCAGCAGAUCUAGGUCUCCGGCCGGGGGGCAAAGUUAAGCUGCUUCACAGCUCCUCCCUCCUGGCUGCUGAGAGGGUGUCACCACGAGAUGCAGCCAAAAAAAGAGCAUUACAGACGCAGCUUUUAAAAUUUCUUCCAACAGAUUCCAACCAUUUCUUUGUCGGCACUAAUUUGGGUCUUGUCAACCAUGGAACAAGUCACGGUUUGAAGGCUCCACCAAAGUUUUACAGGUUUCAGGAGGUUGAAGUACGACCUGUCAAUGUCACAUCAAUUCACUUCUCUCCCUUCAAACCACAUUUGUUCUUGGUGGGCUGUGAGGAUGGCAGCAUCAGGCUGCACGCGGUCAGCCAUGAGCAGCCCGUGGCAGAGUGGAGGAACAGCACAGCCGGUGAACCGGUGGUCUCACUGCAGUGGUCUCUGACCCGGUCGGCGGUCUUCUGUGUGCUUGAUGCUGCCUCGAACCUCCACAUAUGGGACCUGUUAAAGGAGGAUGGGCAGCCUGUGGUCACCGAGAGAAUCAGUGCUGAUAGGGUAACAACUAUGGCCGUGUUCGGAGACUCUGAGAAAAAAAUCACAUUUUCAGGAGUAGCCCUGGCGCACGAGUCUGGAAAAAUAGAGCUGCAUUUCUUCACAAAUAAUUUAACUGUGUCAAGCUCUGCGGAGGAGGAAAAGUUGGACAGCUUAUUGACUGAGGCCUUUUGAAAUAUUACAUCACUGAUGAUCAUCCUCACAAUUGUGAAUGUAGUUGUACUUAAAUCCUGGAAGAGCAUUAAAACCAGUUUAUAAACCUCUUUAAACUCAGAAUCAGAAUUAAAGAGAUGCGUUUUUUUAUUCUUAUCACUGGCACAUGCUAGAAAAUGUAUAUUGUUAUGAGAAGAAUGAAGCUAAGUACCAAAGAUCCAUCACAGUGAUCUAUGCAUCCAUACAUUCCAGAGUCACAGAGGGAGGUGGGAUACACCCGAUACGAGUCGAUGCUUUAUGAAUUUUAAAAGCUGCUUGUACAUGUAUGUAGAUAUAAGUAUAUUUAUACUUUUUUAUCAUAU